UCCAAAAGUUGCGGUUACAGACCCUUAACUAAAAUAAAUACAAAACAAACCCUUAUGUUUACAUUUUGUGGCAGUUUUGAACCCCCAGUGGAUUGUUGACCUGGUCGUUGCUGACGUGGCACUCACAUCCCAUUAGUGAGGUGCCACGUGUAUUUUUUUUUUUUUACUUUUUAAAAUUCAUCCGGUUAUUUUUAAAUUGGACAAAAUUAAAAAAUUAAAAAAAAAAAGGAAAAUAGAAAGUCAGGUCACGUGACCUGCUUCCACAAAAUUGAAAACUUAGAAAGUUAGGUUUUGUUAAUUUCAGACCCCUUUGUUUCAUCUUCUCACCAUUCUUCUCCAUCCUACCGAAAACGAUCGAUUGUCCCCUUUGUUUCUCUGUUUCCAGAACGAUCGAUUCUUCUUCGGUUGUAUCAAUUCGAGUUAAGUUUUGGUUCCAUCCUAAUUUCGGUUAAGUUUGUGUAAGCAAUUCGAGUUCCAGUUCUAGGGUUUGUGUUACUAUUUUUGGAGAAGAUGAAGUGGGUCGAUAAAGGCUUGGUGAAAGCUGGUGAAAGCUCUGGUCCUCGACAAGAGAAGAAGAUUCCUGAGAAGAAUGCCUUAAAGGCUACUGAGGACCACCCACUGAAGUCACUGAAGAUAAGGUUUAGAUACAAUGGUUACUUUAGUGGGGAUCCUGAGUUGGAAUACAAAAGGGGUGAUACCUAUGAGUAUGGGGGCACGUGGGCCUUAGGUGAAGUUAACCUAAUUAACUUGGACAAGCUGGUGAGAGAGUUAGGUGUAAAGGGGAACUAUACUGUCUGGUAUGUUGUGGUUGGUGGACAGCUUAAAGAUGGUCUUAAAGCAAUUAAAACCCUUAGGGAUGUGGUAAGGUUCAUAAGUGAGUAUAAAGAUGAGAAGAGUGUGACUUUUUACUUGGAACAUCUUGAUGUAACUGAGCUUGAUGCAAGAUAUGAGGAUGAGGAGCAUUCAUAUUCCCCUUUUGAAUCUGAUAGUGGAACAGAUCCUGAGUUUGUAGCAGCUGAAGGUGAUGAACCUGAAAGUGAUAGUGUUGAUGGGGUGUCUCUGAAUGAUAGUGACUAUGAUGAGGGCUUUGACUGGACAGAUGUGUUGCCUGACCAACUAAUAAAUCCUGCACCUGUGGUUACUUCAUAUGUUCCAUCUUUGGGGGCUUCUGAAAGAUCAAAGAAUUCUGAUGCAACAAGACUUGAAGAUUUUUAUGAUGAGAAUGGAGAUUCAUCUGAUUUAGAUAGCAUCUGCUCUUCUGAUGAGGAUACUGGAUCUGGUAAGCCAAAAUUACAUAAGUUCAAGUUGUCUGAUGAAAUUAAAUUUUUGAAAGGGCAAGUAUUCUCAUCUUCUGAACUAAUUAGGACAUCUGUUAGAGAAUUUGCUUUGCAACAAAGGAAAAAUAUUUAUGUUCAGAAAAGUGAGAGGAACAGAGUUGUGGUUAAGUGUGAUGAGGGUUGUCCAUUUUACAUGAGGUUUAGCAAGGCUCCACCUAAAACAUACUUUAUUUUAAUUACUUAUAACCCUGAUCAUAAGUGUCAUUACGGUGGGAGAACUAGAUUGAUUGGGACCACUUUGUUGGCUAAGAAGUUGAUACCACUCCUGAAACUCACACCUCAUAUGAGGAUAAAGAAAUUGAAGGACGCUUGUAAAGAAAGGUGGGGGGUGAUGUUAAGUAGUUAUCAGUUAUAUAGGGCUAAGAAGAAGGCUUUAGAACUUAUCCAUGGUGCCAUAGAUGAGCAAUAUUCGCAUCUGAGAAACUAUGCUGAGGAAUUGUUGAGGAGCAAUCCUGGAAGCAGUGUUUUGAUUAAGUGUAAAGAUAGUGAUGCUGGGCCUGUUUUUGAGAGAAUAUAUGUUUGUUUUUAUGCUUGCAAGAGGGCAUUUGCAACUACUUGUAGACCAUUAAUUGGUCUAGAUGGGUGUUUUUUGAAAGGAAGAGAUGGAGGACACUUAUUAGCAGCAAUUGGGAAAGAUGGCAACAAUCAAAUGUUACCAAUUGCAUUUGCAGUAGUGGAAGCUGAGACAAAGGAUUCAUGGGACUAGUUUCUUGAACUGUUAUUAGGUGAUUUGAAUGGCAUUUCUGAUAAAAAAUGGUCUUUCAUAUCAGACCAGCAAAAGGGACUUGUGAACACAAUUGCAUCAAUUCCUGAUGCUCAUGAGCACAUAUUGUGUGUUAAGCAUCUGUAUGGGAACUUUAAGAAGAGACAUCCAGGUGAGCAUUUGAAGGAGACAAUGUGGAAAGCUGCUAGGUGUACUACAAUGAUUGAAUUUAACAAGGCAAUGGAGAAUUUGAAGAACAUUAAUGAAGCUGCUUGGAAGGAGAUGAGUGAGCAUUCUGUAGGUAGUUGGUCAAGGGCUGGGUUUAGUACUUAUACUUGUUGUGAUCUACAAGUAAAAAAUAUGUGCGGGGCAUUUAAUAGUGCAAUAGUUGAUAUAAGAGAGUAUGUUGUUAUAUCUCUUGUUGAUGGGCUGAAAAUGUAUAUCACAGAUAGGAUAGUAAAACUUAGAGAUUAUAUGUUGAGGUAUGAUGGUGAAAUUUGUCCAAUGAUUAACAAGCUGUUGGAUAAUUGUAAGAAGGAAGCUAAGGGCUGGUCUCCAAAUUGGUGUGGAGAUAGGGACUAUGCUAGAUUUACUGUUUAUAAUGGCACUGACUCAUAUGCUGUGAAUCUUGGAGAAAAUACAUGUGCCUGCAGGAAAUGGGAUCUGUCUGGCAUACCUUGUCCACAUGCAAUUGCUUGCAUAUGGUAUAAUAAGAAAAAUCCAGAUGACUAUGUGGCUCAUUGGUACAGGAAAUCUACUUUUUUGGAUACUUACAACAACCUCAUACUGCCUUCUAAUGGACCAAAAUUAUGGCCACAAGUUGACCUUCCACCCAUCUUGCCUCCAUAUGUUAGAAGGGCACCAAGUAGGCCCAAAAAACAAAGGAAAAAAGGUAAUGAUGAGAAGGUGAAACAUUCUCAAUCUGGUGCUGGUAGUAGUAGCAAUAGUAAAUCUGUGCCCAAAAGAAACCAACAUAGUCUCAAGUGUGGAAGGUGUGGUGAGCUUGGUCAUAAUGUUAGGACAUGCUAUGGUAAACAACUUGGUGAUAGGAUGCUUGCACCAGGGGAGAAUCAGCACCACCUGCACCCAAGAAGAAAGGGCCAGCUAACAAGAAAGGACCAAGCAAAAAGGCUGGGAAAUCAUAUGGAACCACACCCAUAACUGCACCAACAGCUUCAACCACAACAGAAGCAUCACCUGGAAACACAACUGCACCACCAGCUGCAAGCACCACUUUACCACCACCUAGCACCACUGUACCACCACCUGCUGCAACCAACAUUGUGCCACUUGCAAGCAACAAUGUGCCAACUGCAAGCAACACUGUGCCACUUGCAAGCAACUCUGUGCCAAUUGUGAAGCCACAAAUAGUGGGGGAAAACAUACUCAUGGUGCCUAAGAAGUGCAGGAAGAUUGGUAUGAAGAGAAAGUCUGAUGAAAUGGAGCUAAUUGGAACACAGCAGUCAGUAAACAAUAAGUAAUGCCACCUAUUUGUAAUGCAAUUUAAGUACUCUUUUGUUGGAAUUAUAUUUUCGGUUGUAAUAGUUAAGUAUUGAAACUUGAUGCCAUGUGUUAUUUUGGAACAAAUUAGUUUAAGUUGUGUUACUU